AUGGAAGGGGUUCAGAAUGGAAGGGGUUACUGGGUUCCAUCUAGUUAUAUGAUCCAGAAUGGAAGGGGUUACUGGGUUCUAUCUAGUUAUAUGAUCCAGAAUGGAAGGGGUUACUGGGUUCCAUCUAGUUAUAUGAUCCAGAAUGGAAGGGGUUACUGGGUUCCAUCUAGUUAUAUGAUCCAGAAUGGAAGGGGUUACUGGGUUCCAUCUAGUUAUAUGAUCCAGAAUGGAAGGGGUUACUGGGUUCCAUCUAGUUAUAUGAUCCAGAAUGGAAGGGGUUACUGGGUUCCAUCUAGUUAUAUGAUCCAGAAUGGAAGGGGUUACUGGGUUCCAUCUAGUUAUAUGAUCCAGAAUGGAAGGGGUUACUGGGUUCCAUCUAGUUAUAUGAUCCAGAAUGGAAGGGGUUACUGGGUUCCAUCUAGUUAUAUGAUCCAGAAUGGAAGGGGUUACUGGGUUCUAUCUAGUUAUAUGAUCCAGAAUGGAAGGGGUUACUGGGUUCUAUCUAGUUAUAUGAUCCAGAAUGGAAGGGGUUACUGGGUUCCAUCUAGUUAUAUGAUCCAGAAUGGAAGGGGUUAUUGGGUUCUAUCUGGUUAUAUGAUCCAGAAUGGAAGGGGUUACUGGGUUCCAUCGAGUUAUAUAAUCCAGAAUGGAAGGGGUUACUGGGUUCCAUUGAGUUAUAUAAUCCAGAAUGGAAGGGGUUACUGGGUUCUGUCUAGUUAUAUAAUCCAGAAUGGAAGGGGUUACUGGGUUCCAUCUAGUUAUAUGAUCCAGAAUGGAAGGGGUUACUGGGUUCCAUCUAGUUAUAUGAUCCAGAAUGGAAGGGGUUACUGGGUUCUAUCUAGUUAUAUGAUCCAGAAUGGAAGGGGUUACUGGGUUCCAUCUAGUUAUAUGAUCCAGAAUGGAAGAGGUUACUGGGUUCCAUUGAGUUAUAUAAUCCAGAAUGGAAGGGGUUACAGGAUUUUUGUAAAAAGAACAUGAAUGGAAAGAGUUCAUAUUAUACAUUCUCCUCCUAGGUGGGAAUAUUAUACGACUUAUUGGCUCUUUAAACCGUGGUCGUGUGGAGAUCAGUCGGAAUGGAGAGUGGGGAACAAUCUGCGAUGACAACUGGGAUUUAAAUGAUGCCAAAGUGAUCUGUCGGAUGCUAGGAUUUAACAGAGCCUUAGAGGCUUUCACUGCAGAUCCAGGUAAGGCCAGGUGAGGGCAUUCCACCCUCAGAGAUCCACUUAGUACAAUCUUUCACCUGUGGAUCUUGCAGUAAUAAUUCACAAUCAGUUCUCGCAGUCAGAUCCCGCAGUAAUAAUCCACAAUUAGUUCUCGCAGUCAGUUCCCGCAGUCAGUUCUCACAGUCAGAUCCCUCAGUCAGAUCCCUCAGUCAGUUCUCACAGAGUCAGUUCUCGCAGUCAGAUCCUGCAGUCAGUUCUCGCAGUCAGAUCCCUCAGUCAGUUCUCGCAGAGUCAGUUCUCGCAGUCAGUUCCCUCAGUCAGAUCCCUCAGUCAGAUCCCUCAGUCAGUUCUCGCAGUCAGUUCUCGCAGUCAGUUCCCUCAGUCAGAUCCCUCAGUCAGAUCCCUCAAUGAGUUCUCACAGUCAGAUCACGCAGUCAGAUCCCUCAGUCAGUUCUCACAGUCAGAUCCCGCAGUCAGUUCUCACAGUCAGAUCCCGCAGUCAGUUCUCGCAGUCAGUUCCCUCAGUCAGAUCUCUCAGUCAGUUCUCACAGUCAGACCCCGCAGUCAGUUCUCGCAGUCAGUUUCCUCAGUCAGUUCCCUCAGUCAGAUCCCUCAGUCAGUUCUCGCAGUCAGAUCCCGCAGUCAGUUCUGGCAGUCAGUUCCCUCAGUCAGAUCCCUCAGUCAGUUCUCACAGUCAGAUCCCGCAGUCAGAUCCCGCAGUCAGAUCCCGCAGUCAGAUCCCGCAGUCAGAUCCCUCAGUCAGUUCUCGCAGUCAGUUCUCGCAGUCAGACCCCGCAGUCAGUUCUCGCAGUCAGUUUCCUCAGUCAGUUCUCAAAGUCAGAUCCCGCAGUCAGAUCCCUCCGUCCAUUCUCGCAGUCAGAUCCCGCAGUCAGUUCUCGCAGUCAGUUCCCUCAGUCAGAUCCCUCAGUCAGUUCUCACAGUCAGACCCCGCAGUCAGAUCUCAAAAUCAGAUCCCGCAGUCAGUUCGCAAAAUCAGAUCUCGCAGUCAGUUCUCACAGUCAGUUCUCGCAGUCAGUUCACGCAUUAAAUUCUCCAAGUCAGAUCUCACAGUCAGUUCCCACAGUUAGGCCCCGCAGUCAGAUUUUGCAGACAGAUCUCGCAGACAGUUCUCGCAGUCAGAUUUCGCAGAUAGUUCUCGCAGAUAGAUCCCGCAGACAGAUCUCGCAGUCAGUUCUCGCAGAUAGAUCCCGCAGUCAGAUCCCUCAGUCAAUUCUCGCAGUCAGUUCUCGCAGUCAGUUCUCGCAGUCAGUUCUCGCAGUCAGUUCCCUCAGUCAGAUCCCUCAGUCAGUUCUCACAGUCAGACCCCGCAGUCAGAUCUCAAAAUCAGAUCCCGCAGUCAGUUCGCAAAAUCAGAUCUCGCAGUCAGUUCUCGCAGUCAGUUCUCACAGUCAGAUCGCUCAGUCAGUUCUCACAGUCAGUUCCCGCAGUCAGAUUUCACAGAUAGUUCUCGCAGAUAGAUCUCGCAGACAGUUCUCGCAGUCAGAUUUCGCAGACAGUUCUCGCAGUCAGAUUUCGCAGAUAGAUCUCGCAGUCAAAUUUCGCAGAUAGUUCUCGCAGAUAGAUCCCGCAGACAGAUCUCGCAGUCAGUUCUCGAAGUCAGUUCUCGCAGUCAGUUCUCGCAGAUAGAUCGCGCAGACAGAUCCCACAGACAGAUCUCGCAGUCAGAUCCCGCAGUCAAUUCCUGCAGUCAGUUCUCGCAGUCAGUUCCCGCAGUCAGAUCCCUCAGUCAGUUCUCACAGAGUCAGUUCUCGCAGUUAGAUCCCUCAGUCAGAUCCCUCAGUCAGAUCCCUCAGUCAGUUCUCGCAGAGUCAGUUCCCUCAGUCAGUUCCCUCAGUCAGUUCCCUCAGUCAGUUCCCUUAGUCAGAUCCCGCAGUCAGAUCCCUCAGUCAGUUCUCACAGUCAGUUCUCACAGUCAGUUACCUCAGUCAGUUCUCACAGUCAGUUCUCACAGUCAGAGCCCGCAGUCAGUUCUCGCAGUCAGUUCCCUCAGUCAGAUCUCAAAAUCAGAUCCCGCAGUAAGUUCGCAAAUUCAGAUCUCGCAGUCAGUUCUCGCAGUCAGUUCUCACAGUCAGAUCGUGCAGUCAGUUCUCACAGUCAGUUCUCGCAGUCAGAUCCCGCAGUUAGAUCUCAAAAUCAGAUCCCGCAGUCAGUUCGCAACAUCAGAUCUCGCAGUCAGUUCUCGCAGUCAGUUCUCGCAGACAGAUCCCUCAGUCAGUUCUCGCAGUCAGUUCUCGCAGUCAGUUCCCUCAGUCAGUUCCCUCAGUCAGAUCCCUCAGUCAGUUCUCACAGUCAGACCCCACAGUCAGUUCUCUCAGUCAGUUCUCUCAGUCAGUUCUCUCAGUCAGUUCUCACAGUCAGUUCUCGCAGUCAGUUCUCGCAGAUACAUCCCGCAGUCAGAUCUCGCAGAUACAUCCCGCAGUCAGAUCUCGCAGUCAAAUCUCACAGUCAGAUGUCGCAGUCAGUUCACGCAGUCAGAUCUCGCAGACAGUUCUCACAGACAGUUCCGCAGUCAGUUCUCGCAGUCAGUUUCCUCAGUCAGUUCCCUCAGUCAGAUCCCUCAGUCAGAUCCCGCAGUCAGUUCUCGCAGUCAGUUCCCUCAGUCAGAUCCCUCAGUCAGUUCUCACAGUCAGAUCCCGCAGUCAGAUCCCGCAGUCAGAUCCCUCAGUCAGUUCUCACAGUCAGACCCCGCAGUCAGAUCUCAAAAUCAGAUCCCGCAGUCAGUUCGCAAAAUCAGAUCUCGCAGUCAGUUCUCGCAGUCAGUUCUCACAGUCAGAUCGCUCAGUCAGUUCUCACAGUCAGUUCCCGCAUUAAAUUCUCACAGUCAGAUCUCGCAGUCAGUUCUCACAGUCAGUUCCCGCAGUCAGAUUUCACAGAUAGUUCUCGCAGAUAGAUCUCGCAGUCAGUUCUCACAGUCAGAUUUCGCAGACAGUUCUCGCAGUCAGAUUUCGCAGAUAGAUCUCGCAGUCAAAUUUCGCAGAUAGUUCUCGCAGAUAGAUCCCGCAGACAGAUCUCGCAGUCAGUUCUCGAAGUCAGUUCUCGCAGUCAGUUCUCGCAGAUAGAUCGCGCAGACAGAUCCCACAGUCAGAUCCCUCAGUCAGUUCUCACAGUCAGUUCUCACAGUCAGUUACCUCAGUCAGUUACCUCAGUCAGUUACCUCAGUCAGUUCUCACAGUCAGUUCUCACAGUCAGAGCCCGCAGUCAGUUCUCGCAGUCAGUUCCCUCAGUCAGAUCUCAAAAUCAGAUCCCGCAGUAAGUUCUCAAAUUCAGAUCUCGCAGUCAGUUCUCACAGUCAGAUCGUGCAGUCAGUUCUCACAGUCAGUUCUCGCAGUCAGAUCCCGCAGUUAGAUCUCAAAAUCAGAUCCCGCAGUCAGUUCGCAACAUCAGAUCUCGCAGUCAGUUCUCGCAGACAGAUCCCUCAGUCAGUUCUCGCAGUCAGUUCUCGCAGUCAGUUCCCUCAGUCAGUUCCCUCAGUCAGAUCCCUCAGUCAGUUCUCACAGUCAGACCCCACAGUCAGUUCUCUCAGUCAGUUCUCGCAGUCAGUUCUCGCAGAUACAUCCCGCAGUCAGAUCUCGCAGAUACAUCCCGCAGUCAGAUCUCGCAGAUACAUCCCGCAGUCAGAUCUCGCAGUCAAAUCUCGCAGUCAGAUGUCGCAGUCAGUUCACGCAGUCAGAUCUCGCAGACACUUCUCACAGACAGUUCCGCAGUCAGUUCUCGCAGUCAGUUUCCUCAGUCAGUUCCCUCAGUCAGAUCCCUCAGUCAGUUCUCGCAGUCAGUUCUCGCAGUCAGAUCUCGCAGUCAAAUCUCGCAGUCAGAUCUCGCAGUCAGUUCUCGCAGUCAGAUCUCGCAGACAGUUCUCACAGACAGUUCCGCAGUCAGUUCCGCAAUCAGAUCUCGCAGUCAGUUCUCGCAGUCAGAUCUCACAGACAGUUCUGCAGACAGUUCUCGCAGACUGUUCUUGCAGUCAGUUCCCGCAGUCAGAUCUCGCAGUCAGAUCUCGCAGUCAGAUCUCGCAGUCAGAUCUCGCAGUCAGAUCUCGCAGUCAGUUCCGCAGUCAGUUCCGCAGUCAGAUCUCGCAGUCAGUUCUCACAGUCAGUUCUCGCAGUCAGAUCCCGCAGUAAUUUCUUGCAGUCAGUAAAAUUUUGAAUAUUGGGGUGCAUUGUCUUGACUGAUUGGUGUUUUGUGCAGGUUCUGGGAAGAUUCUGUUGGACGAUGUAAACUGCAAUGGUGAUGAGGAAUCAAUACUUCAGUGCAAGAAAUCAGAGUGGGAGAUUCACAACUGCAAGCAUGCUGAAGAUGCAGGGGUGACCUGCGCCUAA